AUGACGUCGUUACGUGUUCUUCUGGAAUCUUUUGACGGAGUUUUCGAUACCGGAUCCGGAAUAUGCAUGAAUCAUGCCGUUUUCCGGAACAAUAUGAAAACAAAGUUUGUUUUAUUAUCUUUUGCCGCCUUCAUACUGGCUAUCAACUGCCAAGAAGUAGAAGAAGAAUAUGAGAUCUUUUCUCAACCUCUGAUCUCUGAAGGAGAAAUUUACAACCAAACCAUGUUUGAGAUGGAAGAGGAUCAUGAACGAUUAUGUGGAAAGGAAGGAAGACUUCUCAAAGAAAGAGGAUCUUAUUUAGUUCAAUGUAGUCAGGAUUCUGAAUGUCUUCCUCCAUCACAAUGCAAUUUGGGAACUGGCUACUGCUGUAUGAUGGCAUUGCAUCAAGAGCCGCCUCCAGUAGGAUGCCCUAUGGGAACAAGGGCGCUGCGCAAUAGUUCGGGUAUUGAGUUAACAUGCAAUCCAUCAGAUCCAAAUGCUUGCCCAGGAGGAGCCAUGUGUUAUACAGAUUCCUUAACUCAACAAAGGCGUUGCUGCGGUGCCGAUCCAGGACAAGGAUGUCCAUCUGGUUCAAGAAUUAUUCUGAAUGCUAUGGAUGACACUCCAUUGCUCUGUACCCCAGGGAGAACAACAUGCCCUCGCUCAGGAAUGUGUCAAUGGAGUCACCUGAUUGAUCGUUAUCAAUGCUGUGAACCAGACAAUGGUUGUCCCAAACACCAGUAUCCAUUGAAAAGUGCAGUAGGAUCUUCUCUUAAAUGUAGUCUCGGAGGUCCCCCCUGCCCUGGUGGAGCUAGCUGUCGCUUCAACUUUUGGACUUCUGAGUAUCAGUGUUGCCGGACUGAUACAGCUGACUUGUGUCCAACUGGACAAGUUCCAUUCUUGACCGAGUCCGAUUCGACCCCACGUUCCUGUAAAAAAGAUUCGCAAUGUCCUAACGGAUAUCACUGCUCGGAUAACAAUGUCUGUUGCGCAUUACCAGGAUCCUGCCCAAACACCUACUCUCCUAUGAAAGACUCUUUUGGCCGCUUCACCGCCUGUUCAACUAGAUUUGGUGACACUUGUCCUAAAGGUUCAACUUGUCUGAGAAGUACUAUUGUGUCUCAAAGUCUUUGUUGUGCUCAGGUUGAACACAAAUGCCCAGACUCAGCUCUUCCUUAUCCUAAUGCACUCAAUCCACAAUCAUGCUCAUUCUCCAAUCAGUGGGACUGUGCUGAAGGCCAAUGCAUGAGAAGUUUGACCACUGGAUCUCCUAUCUGUUGUCGAUCUCAGUUCCAUAAAAAACCCAACCCACCCAGCCAUUGCCCAUCUGGAUGGAUUCUUCCAAAUAAUACGCCUAUUUACUGCUCCCCAAACACAUUCGAGACAACUUGUCCAGGAUACUCUUCAUGUUUGAGAUCCAAUUUGCUUCAACAACAUUUUAUCUGCUGCUUGCCUGCAGGGCAAUCUCCUGUUUUAACAUCUCAAGGAUCAAAUCAGAUAUGUUCAACACCAGGACAACAGGGUGCUUGCCCAUUCAACUCAUUAUGCUUGGGAUCAAGCAACUCACCAAACGUAUACAUCUGUUGCUACUCACAAGGUGCUAAUGUGAAUCCUAUCUGUCCGAACAAUGCAAUUGCUCAGUCAUCGCUAACAUUAAGUUAUGUAUCCUGCUCAAUCUUCACUGCUUCUUGCGAUCCCGGGUAUUCUUGCGAAAGAGCCUCCAAUGAUUUCAAUACUAUGUUGUGUUGCUCAACUUCAACAAACAACGCAGCAACAUGUCCGAAUCAGCAAACUCUUUAUUUGGAACUAGGAAGACCAAGAUAUUGUUUGCCAUCCCAACCGUCCGCUUGUCCAUCUGGCUAUACUUGUCAACUCUCAGUUGGAACAACAGGAACUUAUGUAUGCUGCACAACUCCUGUUGCACCAACAUGUCCAGCUCAGUUCACACCCAGCUUAGAUAGUCGAGGAGCAUCUAUUUUCUGCUCACCCGCUCAACCAGCUGGUUGUCCAUCUGGUUCCGUGUGCCUCCAGGCUAAUAAUGAUAAUUCUCUAUUUCUAUGCUGUCGAUCAGCGUCCUCUCCAAGAGUUUGUCCAAACAAUCAAAACGCUUUGCUGACACCAUCAGCAUCUGUUGAAACAUGCAGUGGUCCUGGGUCAUCUUGUAGUCGAACUGGCUACACAUGUGUUUUCUCAACAGUUUUGGCACAAUAUAUUUGUUGUGGAAACGAACAAACCAAUGCGGGAUGUGCGAAUGGAUAUGAAACAUUUGUACAAACUUCUGGUCAAACUUUCACAUGUACUCCAUCAAGCCCAACACAAUGCCCUUUCGGGUAUCAAUGUUUAAUUUCUACAGUAGCAAAUGUUUACGUGUGUUGUUUGCCACCCAUUGGCACUACCACAGUUUUUCCAACAAGGCCAACAGAUUUUUUGCAAUGUCCAACUGGUUGGAACCCUCAUCGCAAUGCCAUCGAUGCACAACCAAGGACCUGCUCUUCGCCUAGAGACACAAGUUGCCCAGUAGGCUAUUCUUGUACACCUUCAUCUUUUUCUGGAGUUUUCAUUUGUUGUCGAUUAGCAACAACAAUGGGAUGCCCCAUAGGAACACCUUUCUUGCUGAAUAAUCAGCCGAGACUAUGUAGUAGGAACAGAGCAAAUCAAUGUCCACGUGGAUACUCGUGUGAACAAUCAACAAGUCCGACUAUAACGAUAUGUUGCUCUACACGAUAA